AUGCAAAUUCUCAACGCCAUACUCGCCAGCUUGACAUUCUCCGGCCUCGUCAUGGCUGAGUGCCGAUUUGAAAAUAUCGUCCCCAAAAAGGUUAAGCAAGAAACGGCAAAGCAGUUAUGCAUGACCCAGGGAGAAGGAGACUGGACAUUUGCCAUGGCCACCUCCUUGAGCGUUGUUCCAAGUCUUAGCUCGGAUGCUUCCAACGGCUUGGCUGGUGCCAGCGGUGGUGCCACGUUCAUCAUCUACGACAACAAUUGCAUGCCAAGAGCGGUGUAUGACGCACCAAGCUGUGGAGUUCCUUAUGUUGCCAAAGAAAACUUCUUGAAGUGGGUUCUCUCUGUUAACACCGUCGACAUGGGAGUGGGUAGCCCCUACUUUUCCUUCACAUACGCAGCUGGGAAGUACUCUAUAAGAAACAAUCACUGCGUCUGCUCGGAUAUGUCGCAUGGCUUGACGGGGGCUAAAGGUUGUCGUUGCGCAUUCCCGGUCAAAGGAUAA